AUUUGGUCCGGUUCAGUAUUCUCUCCCUCAUUCACUCAUCCACAACCUAUCAUGGGUAAGAAAAGAAAGGCCGGCGGUCGCCCUGCCGCUCCCAAAUCGGACAACUUGGGUCCAUCUAAAUUCGACAUCGAGGAGAGAUUCGACGAUUCGGAAGAUGAGUUCCAGGCCGGCCGCGACCAUAUCCUGCUGGAAGAGGCGCCGGAAGCCAAGAGACGUCGGAAGCUAGCUGAGGAUGAGGAACUCCUCCAGGCGUCGGACGAAGAAAUUAUGGGGUACGAUUCCGCAGACGACGACGACGAUCUCGACGAUGAGGAAGAAUUCGACGAAGACGACGACUAUGACGAGGACGACAUGGAUCAUGCUAUGUCGAAAUCCAAGUCGAAGCGCGGUGGCAGUCCAGCAUCCGAAGCGUCUGAAGACGAGGAGGAGGGUAUCGCCGCUUGGGGAUCCUCGAAAAAGGAUCUUUACAACGCGGAUCAGAUCGAAACGGAAGCAGACGCUCUUGAGGAAGAGGAGGAAGCUAAGCGACUUCAACAGAAGCACUUGCAGGCAAUGAAUGAAGAAGAUUUCGGCUUUGAUGAGACUGAAUGGGUUGAAUCCGGCAAGGGACAAGAAGAUGCAGAUGGCGGCGUGGUGACAGAAGUUCUUCCCCAGAUGGAAGUCACGGAAGAUAUGAGCGCAGAAGAGAAGCUAAAGAUACUCAAGUCCAGAUAUCCCGAGUUCGAGCCGCUAGCGAAAGACUUUGCCGAUCUACAGUCCACGCAUGAGGCCCUCGCUAAAGCCGCCCAACCUUUCAAGGUCGACGAUGACUCCGAAGAUGCCCCAGAAUUUGCGCCUCUUUCCGUCGUCAAGUUCCGCGCUUUGUCCGCUUACCUCGGUGCCAUCGGCAUUUACUUCAUGCUCUUGACCUCUUCUAAUGAUGCCUCCGGAAAUCCUGCCCCGCUACCGCCAGCCCAGCUACGAGCUCAUCCUGUCAUGGGAUCCCUUGUCAAAUUCAGGAAACUCUGGGAAACUGUCAAAGACCUCAGCGAACCCGAACCGGCGACAUUUGAAGACCCGAGCGACUCCGAGGAGAUCGACGAUAUUCUAUCAGAUGCACCCGCGCCCAAGCAAAAGGGCAAGGGCAAGGAAACGCAAGCCUCCAAGAAGAAGAAGGAUAAGGUUUCCAAAGCACAGCGCGCAGCCGAGGCAGCGCAAGCAGAGGCAGAGGCACGAAGAGCAGAGAGACUCCGACAGACUGAAGCCAACCUUGCAGACCUUUCGAAGCUUGUUUCUGGAUCCAGCAAGAAACGUGUCAGUCAGAAAACGAAGUCAUCCAAGGAGGAUGACUCUGACUUUGGUGAUGAAGACGCUCUCACUGCCAAGGAGGCAGAGGAGAAGGCCAAGCAGAAGCGCUCUCUCCGGUUCUACACUUCCCAGCUUGCACAGAAGGCCAACAAACGUAAUGCAGCCGGUCGGGUCGCAGGUGGUGACGCAGAUCUUCCUUACCGUGAGCGCUUGAGGGACCGCCAAGCUCGCUUGAACGCGGAAGCCGAAAAGCGUGGUAAACAGAGACUGAAGGACUCGGAGCAGCUGGGUGGCGAUAGUGACGAGGAGGAUCACCGGGUCGCCAAUCAACUCAGAGGCGACAAGUCUGACGACGAUGAUUACUACGACAUGGUUGCAGCUCGCGGCAAGCAGCGGAAGGACGACAAGAAGGCGCGCUCAGAUGCUUACGCAGCCGCAGCUCGUGAAGGUGGUCAUGUUGAAAUCCAGGAAGAGGUCGGACCCGAUGGCAAGCGUGCAAUCACCUACCAAAUCGAAAAGAACAAGGGUCUCGCACCCAAGCGCAGCAAGGACUCUCGCAACCCUCGUGUCAAGAAGAGAAAGAAGUUCGAGGAGAAGAAGAAGAAGUUGGGUAGUAUUCGCCAGGUAUACAAGGGUGGUGAAGGCCGUGGUGGAUAUGGUGGUGAACUUACGGGUAUCAAGAAGAACUUGGUCAAGAGUGUCAAGCUCUAACUUUAGUCCUACUCUUUUUUCUUGUCACUGCUACAGCACAAUUGGAGACAUACAUCACCGGCGUUCAAUGUGUGCGAAAAUGGGACUUUGUGUGUACAUAGAUAAUUUUCCCGAUGAUACAAACUUUUGUCUGACU